AUACUGUUUGAUGCUAAUUCAAACAAUUAAUAUGUUGCGAACAUGUUUUAGUGAAGAACCGUUUUUCUAAUACAAAUUUGUUACAAAACGUGGACGUUUUUCGUUUUAUUGCAUGGAUGAAAUUGUUGGUAACCAAUUAAUCUCGCGAGAAUUUGUGAGAAAGAAACAUAAAUGGCGGACUUUUCAUGGUAUUUUUACAACCAGGAAAUAACUCAUUGACUUUAUAAAUAACUCAGUUUAUGUUCGAGUUUAUGUCCAGGGUUUCAAUAAUCUAUGACCAUGUUUAAAGCCUCAGAUAGAAUCGAUUAUGAACGACUAAAAGUGAACCCAUCAUCUAAUAAAGAUAAACCUACCAAAAAUAAAGUGAAACCACUGGUUCUGCUGAGUUGUAAGGCAAUCAACAAAUGGCCCCAGUUAGCCGAGUUGGCUAUAGAAACAGCACCGUGUCAUCUGGCACCAACAUUAUUGCGAGCUGCCAUAGAUAAUGUCCAACCAGCAGCUGUUAGCUGUUUAAUUGCAAACUGGCCACUUUCAGAUUUAUGUUUUCGUGAAAUUCUGUAUGGUGAUGUCAAAUACACUGAAAUAUUUCAAGAAGAAAUGGGCUAUGAUCUGGUGGUAUUUAGAGGAAUUGUCGGAAGAAAGAAACGCUGUAAAAUAAAAUGUGUUGAUCUCCGUGGAUUUAAACUAAAUGCAAUGUUCUGUAAACUUAUUGUAAAAAUGUGGCCAAUUUUAUCCCUGACCAAAUCUCAACUAAACCCGAAGAAAUUAGCUAAAGUCAUUGCUCAGACUGCAGGCGUUGAAGCUUCAAGAUUGACAGAUGAUAUCCUACCAAAUCUACUCCGUGAUAUUCUUGAGCAUGAGAUGAUUAAAAAUACCAAUGUUAGAAUAGCGCUACCAAGACGACAACGAAUGAUAGUUAAACUAGAUUCACUGCUGUUCCUCACUGGAAAUACAUUUUUUAUGGAUUAUCUGAUCAGCAAUUGUUUACGUCAUAUCACCCCUGUUUACAUUCAAGUUUCUUCUCUACAGAUCAGGUCUGAUCUACAGAUUGGAGAACAGAUUUUAGAUUCUCUGGCACCAUUUAUAGUUCUUAGAGGUCAAGACACCCAGACAUUAGAUGGUAUUUGUUUAUCACAGCUAGAGGAAAAUAUAUUUUUCACCGUUGUUUCUGAUUUACAGAAAUUUGUAAACAUUCGAUUCUUGGACAUCCAGGAGUGUAGUAUUUACUUACAGAAAGGCAAAACACGAAGUCGUACUCAAGGACGAAGUAAGCUUGUGUCUCUGUUUUCCAGUAUGGUGAAUUUAAAAAGACUGGAUAUUAGUUCUAAUUAUGUGCUGGGAUGUUUAGGGGAAGUACUGGAUGCCCUUUCUAUUCCGCUUGAAUAUCUCAAUAUCAGCGGGUGUGACAUAGAUGAGGACGAUUUGGAUAGUUUGAGCAAAUCCCAUCAUGCAAAAUCAUUACGAGAGCUAAAUGCAAGUAAACUCACACAUUUUUCUAUGUUCGAUAUCAGUCGCGUGUCUCAGACCUACCUCUUAAAAACUAUGCGACAUUUCCCGAAUGUUUGUGUUCUUAAUUUGGCUGAGAACAACCUCUCGGACGCUAUCAUUCCCGAAUUCUGUGUUACUAUCAAGGAAUGUUUGAAAUAUUUAAAAGUGCUUGAUCUUUCUGCCAACAUUCUAAAUAUGGACAGUCUUAUCACCAUCACCCAGACUUGUGCCAAGUUAAAAUCCAUGCAAAAAAUCCUUGUGACGUGUGCCAAUGGUUUGUGGGAUGUAGCUUUAGCGCCACUGGAUAACCUAGACCAUCAACAAGAACUGAAACAGAAACUUUUAAAAGUGCUAGAAAUGUCAGGACGAACUGAUAUUAUUGUAGAACCUGUGCGAUUAUUACGGACACUGUCAAUAGAUUUCAUUGACUUGUUACAUGGGCAUUUAUUGUGAUGAUUAUUUCCCUUGAAUAGUUAGCUCUAAUAGUAAACCAAUGGGGAUGUUUGAUUGCCAGUCCAUAUCGUCCAGAAUUGACAGGAUUUAAAUCGAGUGAAGUGGAAUUCAUUCCCGUCCCGACAAUGGAGGUUGUGCGAGUAGAAUAUUGAUGUAAUUAAACACAAUCAAUAUGGUUCAGCUGUCAUGGUUGGCCGAGAUAUUUUCAUAUGCAGUCGGCGCUUGGGUUGUAGCCUGAAAUCCCCCUUUUCACUCGAUUUGUCAAUAUUCCGUUUAAUUGAGUAUCCCCUAAUUGAGUAUCCCCUUAUUAAACCAAUAAGAAUGUAUUAGACAUUGUGAAAAGAUAUUAUUGCAUAAUUAUCUCCCGAUAAUAAACUGUUACUUCCUGAACUAUUUAUGACUGUUACAGACAUUGAUGAAGCUUGUUAUAAAAGAAGACAUAUUGUAAAGUUUAUCUCUCUUUAAUGAACCAUUAGACAGUAUUAUUGUGAAGCUUGUUAAUGAAUGUUAUAAUCAUGGACAUGCAAUUCCAUAUGCAAAAUCCAGUGAGAUAUGGAUUAAGGAAUGUCUAACAUGUUCAGGGGCACUUCUAAAUAAACAACACAAUUAUGGACAUGUUGUAUACAGAGUCAGUUAAAAGCCUGAUAAAAUAAAUGUGUUUUAAGUUGCUUUUUAAAAUAAUAUAGAGAUGUACAACAUCUUAAACUAAAUGGUAGAUUAUUCCAUAAAACAGGUGCUUGAAAACUAAACGAGCGCUGACCAUAAGAGACUACCGUUAGUUUAACAGUUUUGGACUUUAAAAGUAGUUUAUCUGAUGUAAGUAAUGUUCGGCCAGGUGUAUAAAGUUCUAAAAGAUCUGAGAGGUAAACAUGAGCUAAAUUAUUUAAUAAAAGUAAGUAAUAAAAUCUUAAAAUCAAUUCGAUAUUUAACAGGUAACCAGUGUAAAUUAUAUAAAACAGUAGAUAUGUGGUCGCAUUUCUUAGUUGGGGGAUAUUUUUUGAGGUGGUUUAUAUCCCAAUCUAAAUAAAAUUAGAUAUUUAUUUCUUUGGCAAUAAUGGUAACAUGUAACUGAGGAAUCAAGUCUGGUCUGUUAAACACAAACCUUUUUCAUGUGGCCCAACCUUAAUUCUAGUCUAAGUAUAAAUGAAUUAAUCACAAAUGUAAAUAUGGUCUAAGUAUAAAUGACGUAAAACAGAAACCAAAGUAUGGUCUAAAUUAAAAGACUUUGUUAUAUCCCUUUAAUACCUGACAGGUUUAAUUUUGUUAUAAAAAGUAUUAUUUUGUGCAGAAAUUUGUGACAAUUGUCUACCCUUUAAUAUAGCAUCAGGGAUAUAUUUCCCACCAGAAAUCUAGUGCUCAAUUAGGAACUGAUUUCUAAUGACAAAAUAUCCAUAUGUUUUAUAUUUUCUUUUUCUAACAGUGUAAACAGAUUUCAUAAUAUUUUAUAUGUUCAAUAGUUGUUAAAAACAAUUACAAGGAG